AUCCUAGCUUCGUUCGCGGAGGAAAACAAAGCGAGUUAACGGUGAAAGUCGGCGGAAUAGCGCUGGGAACGCGUUGGUGACAAGAAAAACCCCACCCGCACCCGCGAGCCAGGCCGGCGCGGCGCGAUCCAACGGUACGGCAGUGGCGAAUCCGAAAGGCAAGCUGCUCUCCUAAUGAUACACCAGCUUUAAGGGCACUUUUCUACUUCCUAAGGAUGGCUAGUUGUGGGGAGGUAGACCACUCCGUCGGCUCGCUUCCCUCCACUAAAAAAGGCAGCAACAGUGGUGGUGGCAGUGGGAACAGUGCAGAAUCAUCAUGCUCUGGCUCCAGCAACUCGUCCCCAGCCCUGUCUGUACCAGAAUGUGCCAUCUGCCUUCAGAGCUGCGUCCAUCCAGUCCAACUGCCAUGCCAUCAUGUCUUCUGUUUCCUGUGUGUUAAGGGAGCAUCCUGGCAGAGUAAACGCUGCGCUCUAUGCAGACAGGAAGUACCGGAUGACUUUCUGGAAAGGCCUACACUUCUCUCCCCAGAGGAGCUAAAAGCAUCGGCCGGUGGUCGAGGUGGGGGAACAAGCGACCAUGCCUGGUAUUAUGAGGGUCGUAAUGGUUGGUGGCAGUAUGAUGAGCGAACCAGCCGGGAGCUGGAGGACGCUUUCUCCAAGGGCAAGAAAACAGCAGAAAUGCUGAUUGCUGGUUUUUUGUACGUAGCCGACUUGGAGAACAUGGUGCAGUACAGGCGCAACGAGCAUGGCCGUAGACGCAAGAUGAAGAGAGACAUUUUAGAUAUUCCUAAGAAGGGUGUGGCAGGACUGCGUUUGGACUCUGAGGGUGUUGGGGCAGCAGGUCGUGAAAGCUCUGCUGAUGGGGCUGAUACCACAGUAGCAGGGGUACAACAGCAGGUUACAGGUCUCACGUCUACUGUUACAGCUCCUUCAGCCACAGCCAGACCUCCCACCUCUCUUGGUGGUCAGCCUGGCACCAGCACUAGUUCUGCUGUUGAGGAUGCCCUCUCCCAGUUACAAAUCAGCCCCAGGCCCACUCCCCCAAGUGAGAGGUCUGAAGCUGGAGAAGGAGAGGAGGAAGAUGAGGAGGAGGGCUCACCAUCUAGGUCCUCUGAUCCUCACACUUCUGUGGAUGAGUCUGGCUCUGGAGACUGGAGUGAUGAUGAGGAGGAGGAGGAAGAAGAAGAGGAGGACGGAGGAGAUGGUGAGCAUUUGGAGCCUUGGGAGGAUAGGCCUAGGAGGCCAAGACUGAAUCCAGAUGACAGAGCCCCUCCUGGAGCAGAGUCUGCGUCUCCCUCUUCAUCAUCCAGUAGCACUGGAAGGUCCAGAAUGCCUGAUGGGCAGUGUACAGUGACGGAGGUGUGAAGUCAUCACUGAUCUGACCAUCAUCAUCAAAUGGCUUUUUUCCACUACAUUAAUUUAUUCCGGAGUUUAUGCGAUCGUUCACUCAGUCACAGAUCGAAUGUGGGUGGAUUUCUUGGUACAGAGAAAUAAUCAACAUGGUUUUAGAUGAACACUUGCUUUUCACCUUCAAAAGUGGUGCCUCAUUUGGCUCAAUGAUUGAGGUAUCUGGAAGAUUUGUUUUUCAGUCUUGAGUCAUGCACUCAGCUGGCAGCUACACCUAGCUAUAUCUGGAGUAGUUUCGGUGGCUUUAGGGUCUUAUUAUAUCAUACCCACCCAAGCAAUUUCUUUCCCCUUUAUUUAUAUCAUGCUUAAUACCUGUAACUGAGACAUCUGUGUUUCCAGUUAUCACCCAGCUAAAUCAGUACUCUAAAGUGCAACAUAUUAGACUGGAAUGAUUUUCCUAAGGUGUAUCUAUUAACUGCCAACUGGGCGUAUAUACUCAUGCAGUUGAAGUAAUAUAUGCAUUCUAGUACAAAUAAGUAACAUUAGAUUUGCAGUCAUUUGGAUUUAGUGUGUUGUUGUGAGCCAGGAGUUUGUCUAUUCAUCACAUCGUGAUGGUUUUCAGCUGCCAGAAGUCUUCUGUGUUAGCAUUUGCUGCAGGCAUCGACUCGGCUAUUUCAAAUUUCAAGAAAGUGGAAAAGGUUGAGUGAGUUGAUGACCAGCUUUUGCCAAGUUAUUCUUUGGUUUUAAGCACCCAGUGCUGCUUUGAGUCCCAUCCAUGUUUGUGAUGUGCAGUGAAAGAAGGCAUAAAUGAGGAUACAUGCCUACACUUUAACUCUCUCAGCUAACAUAGCACAGAAAUGGCCUCUAAAUAGGCCUGCCGCAAAGAUUUAAAUCUUUGUUAACUUGUGCCCACCCUCUACCUAAUAACUUUGACUUAAAAUCUAUUAUGUGACUUUUUAGAGUUGUGACGUAUGUUCAGAGAAAGCAGAAUGCAGGACAGUAUUUAAAGUCUUUUAAACUAUGUUGUAAUCUGAUUUCACAGCAUAGUCAUUCAAAAUUUUCAGUUACCUGCUUUUAGAUUUCUGAAAUUCUAAAUCUUGUGGAAUGCAGUUUUAAAUUGGUGUGCUUAGUAGAAGUGAAUCUGAAAGUUAUUUUAACUUCUUCCAGCAUUAAGUAAUUGGCAAUUUAAUGUGAAGUAUCAGUGUUUUCAUUUUACGCUCCUGGCCUCUGUGGCCUCAUUUUAUUCUAACGGCCCUUUAUUAAAGUGUUCUCAAUUUGUGUGGUUCUGAAGUUUUGUGAUUUGUGCGUGUUUGAAGAGAGAGUUAUUUGAGCACGACUUGGUUGGCCACGUUUUGAAAUGUGAUAUUUCUUGGUUUCAGUUUAAGUAAAUGUUUUUAACUCGUUUGUAUUUUCAUUUUUUGUGGUUGUAAAUCAUCUGAAAGAGAAGAACAUGUCGUAGCUACUGGCCAUCCUGCAAGUUUUAAGUCAUCUUAUUUUUCUAUUUCUGAAAUGCUUAUGUCAUCAGCUCAGUUGUAGACUUUCCAUUUUGAAGAAUACAAUUUAUGUAACAGUUUUUGCUUAGCAAAUUAUUUGUUACAUGGUUUGUAAUUUAAGAUUAAAUUGUUUCAUUUCAUCAUCCUAAAA